GUGAUGGACCGGCGUUCAGAGUUCACUGAUGUGGCUGUAUUUGUGCACGGUGAUAAAUAUAAAGACCCAGUCAGCAACGGUAAUGCUCGAUCGUCCAGUUUGUUGAGUCAGGAGACAGACCAAACUGUCUCAGCUACGUACUUAUACUUACUAUUUACGCCGGCCAAUUGGAAGUACGUCAAAGUGCAGUGCGCCGUCAGUACCCGGAUGUUUUACUCAACACGCUGGCCAGGUAGUCUAUUAAACCAAAGAAGAAGCGUUCGUAAACAGACGUGUCCUUCCUAUAGCAGUCAUGUCUUCUUACAUUCUGGGUUUGGAUCUGGGCACCACCUCGAUCAAAGCGGUCUUAUUAGAAAGGAAGUCCAGGACUGUUGUUGCAAGUCAGAGUUUACCAUCUGCUUCUGAUUUAGCCGAUAGUCGCGGACUAAAAGCAAAGGAACAGGACACGGUCCGGAUUAUUGACACGCUGAACCGGUGCAUCGGGCUGCUACCAAGAGACAAACUGCAGCAUGUGGACAGGAUUGGGGUAUCAGGACAGAUGCACGGUGUUUUAUUUUGGAAAGCUGAGAGUGGUUGCGAUUGGUCCAGCGGCAACUUCUUUACAGCCAAUGACACCAGCCAGCUGAUCACCUGGCAAGAUGGCCGCUGCAGCAACAACUUCCUGUCUUCCCUCCCGAAACCUGACUCGCAUCUCAGCAUAGCCACAGGAUUUGGCUGUGCAACAAUGUUUUGGUACAUGAAACACAGGCCUGAGUUCUUGAAGGACUUCACAGCAGCCGGAACGAUCCAUGACUAUGUCGUAUCCAUGCUGUGUGGCUUGGACAGAUGUCUGAUGACGCCUCAGAAUGCAGCCAGCUGGGGUUUCUACAACACAUCUACCUGCCUGUGGAAUGUGGAUAUUCUGAAUGCCACCGGAUUCCCUUUGCACCUUCUACCUCAGUGUGUCCCCUCCGGUGGGCUGGCGGGCCACACAUGCUCCGACUGGCAUGGUAUCCCUGCUGGUACGCCAGUAGGGGCCGCGCUUGGAGACUUCCAGUGCGCUGUCUACUCCUGCCUGAGUGCACAGACAGAUGCAGUUCUUAACAUAAGCACCUCAGCCCAGCUGACGUUCGCCAUGCCAGCUGACUUCAAACCUCCUGACUCGCCUCAGCUGGACUCCUCCACCACCUUCUUCCCGUACUUUGGCUCCUCGUACUUGGCAGUGGCCGCAUCACUCAACGGCGGCAACGUGCUGGCCACUUUUGUGGACACGCUCGCUGGGUGGAUGAAAGAGUUUGGUGUGGAUGUGAGUGAUCAGUCAUUAUACGAGAAGAUGAUUCAGUGCGCUCUGAAGCAAGAAAGCAGCGAACUCCGAGUGAUUCCAACCAUCAUGGGAGAGAGACACGACCCUUUCUGUCUGGGUCAGGUGACCAACAUCUCUGCCUCCAACCUCUCUUUGGGUCACGUGACCAGGGCACUGUGCCGCGGCAUCAUAGAUAACCUCACCUCCAUGAUGCCUGCGCAGCGUCUGAGGCAGGCGGGGGUGAGCAGGAUAGUGGGUAGCGGGAGCGCCCUGGCGCGGAACGAGGUGCUGAGACAGGAAGUGGAGAGAGCGUACACGCAGUCGGUGAUAUACGGACAAAAUGCAGACUCUGCUGUUGGCGUGGCGUUGGUCGUCUGUGACCAACUCAGAUCCGCUGAGGAUGCUUGUUGUGUGGUUAAAUGACUUGUUUUUUUCCCUUGUCACACUAGAUCACUUAAACCAGGAGGGUCCAAACUUUUUCCAGUGAGGGCCAAAUAGUGAAAAAUGAAAGGAUGCAAGGGACACUUUGAUAUUUUGUAAAGAUAUGCUACGAAGUUAUAUCAGUAAUAUAAGGAUAUAUUUCAAGCAAAAAACUGCAUGGUCGGGAAAACUGCAACUCAGUGUUGUGGAAUAGGUUAAAAAGAAUUUAUUAGAACAAACUUUAGUCUUUGGUCUUUUUUUUUAAAGACCUAACCCACUUUUGCAAAUUUUUUUCCCCAGAUAUUUCAAUUUUUUUCUCAAAUAAUCCUUGUAAAUUUUCUUUUCGUAAUAGGACUUUAUUCGCAUAAUAUUUUUAGUUUAUUCCCAUAAUAUUUAAUUUUUUCCCCAACCUAAUUUUACAAAAAUUGCAGCUCUAUGCUAUUAAAAUGACAUUAAAUUUCCUCGUAAUACUAUGAAUUUAUUCUAAUAAAAAUGCAACGUUUUUUUUGGUUAGAAGACAACUUUUUAGGGUUAAGAUUUGGGGUUAGGGUUAGGGCUAAUUUCACUUAGGGUUACCACUGAUUAGGGUUCAUUUCACCUAGGGUUACGACUGGUUAAGGUUAGGACUUAAAUUAGGGGUAGGGCUCAUUCCAGUUAGGGUUACAACUGGCUAGGGUUAAUUCCACUUAGGGUUAAGGUUAGGGUUUAAAAUCAGGGUAAGGCUAAAUUCAAAAAUUUCACAGUUGUGGUUCGAAUUACUGCUCCAAUUGGCUUUCAACUUCACUGACAUUAUUUACAAAGAACAGUAGGGCAGGAGCUUCCCCGGAGGCGGCAUUGGCAGGUUAGGCUUUUGAACAAAAGUCCCCACCACCACCACCACCACCACCGGGGAAGUGGCAUAAGCACGGGCCUACCUCCAGUUCAUACCCCCACCCCAUCAUGAAUCCAAACAUUGUUCUAGUGCUCCAAUAAUUAGGCUUGAGUGCUCUUCGUGCAUAUGGUAUCAUUCUAUUCCUCGUUCGUUCUGUCUCUUCGCUGUCGUCAGCGGAAAUUAUUUCGCUUCUGUGGCCCUCUUGGCUGCAAGGUGCAUUCAUUUGGCUUCCGCAGCUCUCUGGCUACGUGUGUGUGGCUCUAUUCCUGACGUUUUGACUUAUUUUAGUCUUCUUCAGGCGGCCCAAACACACAUCCCCCAGACAGAAAAUAUCAUGGCACCACCUUAUACUACUUGUUGCACGUCUUGUGCUUAAUAUAUUGCCACCGCCUUACUUGCAUCUGAUCCCACAACAACAAAGAGCUUCCUGCAGAGUAACACUGUCCAUACUUUCGUCUGGUCCUUUUCCAUCUCAGAUCAAUCCUGGCUUAGUAACCUUUUCUAACAGGUAAGUAUUUUUCCUUUUAAUUUCUGACAUAUGUGUUUAUUUCCCUUUCCAUUUUCCUAAUUUUCUAACAGGUGAGUAUAUUUUUCCUUUUUUGUUUUUCUCCUUUGCCUUUUGUAACAGGUGAGUAGUUUUCUCUUGCCCUGACCAAAUCCAAAUGACUGCCCUGUAACUUUUGGUCUCUGUUUCUAAUGUUGCUCACUCGCUCCCUCUAGUGGGGCUCCAAUUGACUUGCUCGUCCUCAAGACAAAAUGUUCUCUCCCUAUCAGGUCUAGAGUCCCUUGAGAGAGUUACGACAUGACGAGUCGAAAAAAUACGGUCACGUGACUCGUGGAGCCAUCUUGUGGCCAAAUUCGCGUUUGCGUUCGCCUUUAUACAACAGUUUUUAGCUGUAUUGUUGUUUAUUCGUCAAAAAUGCCGGGUUGUUGUGCAUUUGGAUGCACAAACAGACACGACAAGGGUUUGGGCUGGAAGCCGAACUACUCUUCAAAGCUGUAAGAGGUAGAUCCCAUGUUUUGUAUUUGGUGUUGUGAAUUUCUGUUUAAUGUGAAUCAUCCUUGCGUAAAUCACCUCUGGUUGCAAAUAAAGUAAUCCAUGAUCUCGAGCAAACUUAACAUGGCAACGCUUUGUCCGACAAACAAACACAUCUUCAUGUCAAUGUCCUCAUUUACCCUAAGUUUCAUUUAAAAUGCUUCAAAGCUGUAGAAGGAAUUCGCAAUGUUAGAUGUGAAGUGCAAUAAUGAUUUUUUUUUAAAAUAAAAAUUGUGUUAUACUGUUUAUAAUCUGGCCCAAUUUUAGAUUUAUUUUGAUCUGUAUGGUCGGGGAACCUCAUUUCGUGCACUUAAUCUAAACUGCAGUUAUUUUAUGGAUAUUCCAUUUAAUACCUUAAUAUUCUUUAUACCACUUUUUACAUGCAUUGUCGUACUGUGCAUGCUUGAAUUGGCCCCAACAUGGCGGCGUAAUCGCAGUUGUCGUAACACUGCCAUCCAGGUCUGCUAUCCACCUUCAUCCAAAUCCCACCGUGCCAUCCCAGUCCCAAAUAUCCCCCCACCCUUCACCACACGCAAUUAUUUCUAACUUUCUGGCCUUUUAAUUCGUCCAAUUUGGCCUUUAUUUCUUUAAGGGUAGGGUUAUUGUCAUUCCUAAACUACAUAUUUUUCCCAAAUUUUUUUAAUAUUCCCUCUUUUCAACCCCACCCUUCUGGCCCGGAUCAAUGCCCAUAUUGUUAAUCUUUAAACUCCCCAUGUAAUAACCUGUAUUAAGCCUUGAAAAGGUUUUUAAUUAUUUUCUUUUUUCUCUCUUAUACCCGUCCACCUUGUGGUUAGGGUUGAGGUUGGGGUUAGGGUUAGGAUGGGUUAGGGUUCUGUACCGGAUUAGGGCUCUAGAAAGCGCGUGCGUGUGACCGCGUGCGCGGGUCAGCGCGUGUUAGGGUUAGGGUUGUCAUGUUGUGGCUUACGCCAACGAAAAAGAUUGGAACCCGUGAUGCAGAAUGACACAGCGCUAGUAAAAAUCUAUUUAUUAACAAAGCAAAAAUACAACAAACAGAAAUGACUACUAGAAAGUACAACGAAGGAACGCAGGGCAUGAGCCAAAACAACAAAGAACAAAAAACACUGCUAGGCAGGAAAAAAGGUACUCACAGAACAAAAAGAGCUGCAGGAAAAAGGUGCAGAGCAGGUAGAGGCAGUACAAAUAACAAUGGCAGAAAAUACGCGAGCAAGGGGACCAGUUGGGAGCCAAGGGACGAGGAACAGGAAGCAGGGUUGGCAAGGGAAUAACUGGCAAUUGGGUAGUGACUGAGCAGAGGUAUAUAUGGAGCGUAGCAGAUUGAUCGCAGGUGUUCCUAAUCACUCAUCAGAGCAGCCAUGACACUGCAGGGACAAAAACAGAGGCGGCAGCAGAGUGCAACACACAGAACAUGACAGUACCCCCCCCCCCUCACAAGUCGCCCCUUGGCGGCAUACCUGGUUUGUCGGGAUGGAGAGAGUGGAAGUCGCUGAUGAGUGUUGGGUCCAGGAUACAGGAGCGGGAGACCCAUGAGCGCUCCUCUGGUCCGUACCCCUCCCAGUCGACCAGGUACUGUACACCCCUACCCCUCUUCCUCGAGUCUAAAAUGGCCCUUACCGUAUACGCUGGGAGGCCAUCGAUCAUCCGCGGAGGAGGCGGAGGCUCAGCAGGAGGACACAGUGGACUGGAGGAUACUGGUUUAAGACGGGAUACAUGGAAAACGGGAUGAAUCUUGAGUGAUGAAGGUAACUUGAGUCUGAUGGCAGCUGGACUGAUGAUGGAUUCAAUCGUGUAUGGUCCCACGAAUCUGGGUGCCAGUUUCCUAUUGGUGUUGGCUAAGGGUAAGUCCUUGGAGGAUAGCCAUACUUCUUGGCCGGGUUGAUAGUUCGGGGCCGGGGUCCUGUGACGAUCUGCCAACCUGCGGUUGCGAGUUGAAGUGCGGGCUAAGGCUGCUCUGGUCUCACGCCAAAUCCGGCGGGCCCGGCGGAUGUACUGAUGGACAGAGGGGACAGCUACUUCUCUUUCUUGAGCUGGAAACAAGGGUGGUUGGAAUCCCAGGGCAGCUUUAAAGGGUGUCAUGCCUGUGGCUGUGCAGACGAGUGAAUUGUGGGCAUACUCGACCCAGGGGAGGUGGGUGGACCAUGAAGAUGGAUUCCGAUGGCAGACGCACCUGAGAGCGGCCUCCAAGUCCUGGUUGGCCCGCUCAGUCUGGCCGUUGGUCUGGGGAUGGUAUCCUGAGGAUAAGCUCACCGAAGCUCCCAAUGUCUUGCAGAACGCCUUCCAUGCUUUAGACGCAAAUUGAGGCCCCCGGUCCGACACAAGGUUCAUAGGGAUGCCGUGAAGACGAAAUACAUGUUUGACCAGCAGGCGGGCUGUUUCCAUAGAGGACGGCAACCUGGAAAGUGCAAUAAAGUGUGCCAUCUUCGAGAAUCUGUCGACAAUAUUCAAUAUGACUGUGUGUCCUCGGGAUGCCGGUAGGCCUGUGAUGAAGUCCAGUGCAAUGUGGGACCAAGGGCGGGAAGGAACUGGGAGAGGUUGGAGCAGUCCUGCCGGCGACUGGUGAGAAGACUUGCUUCUGGCGCAGACUGAGCAGGCGGCCACGAAAGCUUUGACGUCUGAAAACAUGGAGGGCCACCAAAAUCUUUGUGCCAGGAUAAAUCUGGUGCGUCCCACUCCUGGAUGGCAAGCCAACUUCGAAUUAUGUCCCCAUUGUAAAACCUCUGACCUGAGACUGUCGGGCACGAACAACUUAUCCUCCGGGCAAGUGUCAGGAAUGGUAGUCCCGGAGUUGGCCUCCGAAACUCUUCUCUCCACCUCCCACUGGAGAGCCCCCAACACCCGGGCCACAGGCACGAUGGUGUCCGGAGUCUUGUCUGCUUCCGCCGGGCCAUAGAUCCUGGAGAGCGCGUCAGGUUUGACGUUGCGGGACCCCGGCCUGUAGGUGAUAGUGAAGUCAAACCUGGUUAGGAAAAGCGACCAGCGAGCUUGGCGAGAAUUCAGUCUGUGUGCUGAUCUGAUGUAGGCUAGAUUCUUGUGGUCAGUGAAAACGGUGAAUGGUUUGGCUGCACCCUCCAGCCAAUGCCUCCAUUCCCUCAGCGCAAGAACGAUGGCCAGCAGCUCUCUAUUCCCCACGUCGUAGUUUCCCUCUGCUUUGGUAAGGCGACGCGAGAAGAAUGCACACGGGUGGAGCCUCUGGUCGGCCGGGGAUCUCUGGGAAAGGACCGCUCCCACUCCUGUAUCCGAGGCGUCAACCUCAACGAAAAAUUGAGCAGAGGGGUCAGGAUGAGACAGUAUAGGGGCUGAAGUGAACAGCUGCUUAAGCCUACAAAAUGCACUUUCGGCCUCAGUGGACCAUACAAAUGGUUUAUUAACUGAUGUUAGCCUUGUCAGAGGUUCGGCAAUAGCACUGAAAUUCCGGAUAAACCUCCUAUAGAAGUUGGCGAACCCCAAGAACCUCUGCAAAGGCUUCCUUGCUGUAGGAGAUGGCCAAUCGACCACCGCCUGAAUCUUGGCGGGGUCGGCUCGAAGCUUGCCGCUCUCCACAAUAUAACCCAAAAAAGACACCGACUCUGCGUGGAAUUCACAUUUCUCGACUUUGACGUAAAGUCUGUUUUCCAACAAUCGAAGUAGGAUUUGACGGACUUGUCGUAUGUGUUCCUGUAAAUUAUGAGAAAAAAUCAAGAUAUCAUCGAGGUACACAAAGCAGUUCUUAUUGAUGAGGUCGCUAAGAACAUCAUUAAUGAGGUUUUGAAAGACAGCUGGAGCGUUGGUUAAUCCGAAGGGCAUAACAAGGUAUUCGAAAUGGCCCAAAGGCGUAUUGAAUGCUGUCUUCCACUCGUCUCCCUCCCGAAUCCGUACCAGGUGAUACGCACAUCUAAGAUCGAGUUUGGUGAAAAACUUAGCGUUGUGCAGAGUGGAAAAGGCCGAAUCCAUCAAUGGGAGCGGGUAACUGUUACGAACGGUGAUGUCAUUGAGUCCCCGAUAGUCAAUACAGGGACGGAGAGAUUUAUCCUUCUUCUCAACAAAAAAGAAUCCCGCCCCCAGUGGUGACGUGGAUGGCCGGAUAAGACCUGCUGCGAGAGAUGAAGAAAUGUAUUCCUUAAGAGACGCGAACUCGGGACCGGAAAUGUUGUAUAAACGAGAACUGGGAAGAGUGGCGUUAGGUAGGAGAUUAAUAGCACAAUCGUAGGGUCUGUGUGGAGGAAGAGCCUGGGCUAGGUCUUUGCUAAAAACUGGUUUGAGAUCGUGGUAGCAGGGGGGUACUUUAGUCAAAUCGAUCUCUUCCAACUUUUUAGUCAUGACGGGAGUUUUGAUCAUGGCGGCACGUAGGCAGUUACUAUGACAAAAGCUACUCCAAUUAGCUAUGCGGUUGUUAUUCCAGUCGAUAGAGGGGUUAUGAAGUUUGAGCCACGUGAGGCGAAGAACUACGGGAGCGGCUUGUGAGGGAAUAAUAAAGAAUCUGAUCUUCUCUACAUGAUUACCCGAUAAUUGCAACGAAAUGGACUCAGUCUGGUGAGUGACGGUGGCGAGUUGAAGCCCCUCAAGCGAGUGCACUUUCUUAGGAACAGGUAGCUCAAUGCAUUUAAUGUCCAAUUCCUUAGCUAGAUUAGUGUCGAUAAAGCUAUCAUCAGCCCCAGAGUCCACCAAAGCCAUUAUAUUGUGUCUACCCCCCUUAACAGAGAUUAUACCCUCAAUUUGAAGUCUUUGUGUGUCAUACUGACAGUCCGUGUGCGUCCUUUCAUACUCACACUCAGUGAGAGGCUUGCCUUCUUCAGCCCUGACAGAAGUCUUGGUCUUCACAGGUAGCUCCUCGCCGUCCGAGCAGGGUGUGGGGCGGCGGGUUGGACGCACUGGGCACCUGGCUAUAUGGUGAUUAGGUUCCCCGCAGUAGAGGCAGAGGUGGAGGCGACGACGGCGAGCCCUCUCAGCGGAUGUGAGGCGUCGUCCUCCCAGCUGCAUAGGCACCUCUCCAUUGUCGGAGCUGGCGUGACUCGGCGAAAAAUCCCAUCUGCGCUUGCCGGGAUCCUGUAGUGGCGUAUAGGUCCUGCUGCGCGAGGUGCGUGAAUCUCCGGCUGGUUUGUCUCCUUCGAGCAACUCCCGGUCACGCUCCCUCAAACGAUUGUCCAGGCGUAUAGUGAGAUCGAUGAGUUCGUCCAAAGUUUUAGGAGUCUCACGUACCGCUAGCUCAUCCUUGAGUCGCGGUUGCAAAGCCUUGCGAAAAAUUCCGCGCAAUGCGGCAUCAUCAUACCCGCUCUCGGUGGCCAAAACCCGGAAGCUUACUGAAAAAGCGGCCACGGAACGUCCCUUUUGCCUCAUGUCGAGCAAGCGAUCCCCUGCUUCACUUCCUCUAACAGGGUGGUCAAAAACCUUCCGCAUUUCAGACAAAAAAUAGGGGUACGACAAACGCGCGGCGGGUUUAGCAUUGCUGAUAGCCACAGCCCAGGCGGCAGCUUCGUCGGUCAAUAGGCUCAUAAUAAACGCUACCCUGGCAGAGUCAGUAGCGUAUGUGGACGGCUGUUGAUCAAAAACCAGCGAGCAUUGGUGAAGAAACUGGUUGCACGACACGGACUCACCCGAAAAACGAGGAGGGUGGGGUAUGCUUGGUUCACGUGUCGUGGGGGUUAUAGCGUCGGUUGCAAUGUUGCUUACCGGUGGAACGACCGGAACAGCAGGUGGAGAAGAGCUAAGCGGUCCCACAGCGAGUGCUUGUUCCAAACGCUGGUCGAUCGAUCCGACACUAGUAGCGAGCGCCGCGAUGGCGUCCAUCAUCUCGCGUAAGGACUUCUCGUGAUUACCCACCAGCUGUCCUUGAUGAGACAGGGCGGAGCGCAGGUGUUCUAAUUCUGCGGGUUCCAUAUUUGGCCAGUUAUUCUGUCACGUUGUGGCUUACGCCAACGAAAAAGAUUGGAACCCGUGAUGCAGAAUGACACAGCGCUAGUAAAAAUCUAUUUAUUAACAAAGCAAAAAUACAACAAACAGAAAUGACUACUAGAAAGUACAACGAAGGAACGCAGGGCAUGAGCCAAAACAACAAAGAACAAAAAACACUGCUAGGCAGGAAAAAAGGUACUCACAGAACAAAAAGAGCUGCAGGAAAAAGGUGCAGAGCAGGUAGAGGCAGUACAAAUAACAAUGGCAGAAAAUACGCGAGCAAGGGGACCAGUUGGGAGCCAAGGGAUGAGGAACAGGAAGCAGGGUUGGCAAGGGAAUAACUGGCAAUUGGGUAGUGACUGAGCAGAGGUAUAUAUGGAGCGUAGCAGAUUGAUCGCAGGUGUUCCUAAUCACUCAUCAGAGCAGCCAUGACACUGCAGGGACAAAAACAGAGGCGGCAGCAGAGUGCAACACACAGAACAUGACAAGGGUUCUAGAAUGUACGGGUUAGGGUUCUAGAAUGCGCGUGUUAGGGUCAGGGUUCUGUACCGGAUUUGGGUUCUAGAAUGCGUGUGACCGCGUGGGUUAGGAGUUAGGGGUUAGGGUUAGGGUUAGGAGUUUGAGCUAGAGCUCCUCCCCCUCUAACUGAGGUGGAGGAGGAAAAUGCACUGGCCUUCCCCUGGGCCCGAGCCCCUGAGCCAGGAACCACGCGGGUCCCUGUAUUGGCAAUCGCCUGUGGGCGUACAUUUGUGGUCUGAUGGCCAUGAGAGCACCCCCUCCCGUAACGCACAACUGUCCAUUCCCCAUCCAUGGGGUCCAUAAUAUUUUUUUUAAAGAAUGUAUAUAUAUAUAUAUAUAUAUAUAUAUAUAUAUAUAUAUAUAUAUUUUUUUUUUAACUUUUUGUAUUUUUUUUUUAUUUUUUUACAAAACUCAAAAAGUAGCAGAGCUCCUUCUCCUUCAACAGCCAACUCAAUAAUGAGCCAGCCCCAGCUGUGCUCUUUGAUCUCACUCAAGUGUUGCUCUUUGAACACACUCAAGUGUUGCUCUGUCACCAAAUCAAACUAAAGUGAGAGUAACCACACUUAAACUGUUUUUAUUGUGUGUAUCCCUUUUCCUCAUAACUUUUAUUAUCUAUUGUGUGUACUGUGCUCAUGUUUUUUUGUCUUUAUAUCUUUCUUUAUAUCUUCUUUUAACUAAGUGUUUUUUUAAUCCAAAUGUAUCGUCCUUCCUAAACAACAUUUUCACCAAACUUUUUUAAUAUUACCUCUUUUCAACCCCACCCUUCUGGCCCCUAUCAAUUCCCAUAUUUGUAAUCUUAAAACUCCCCAUGUAAUAACAUGUAAUAACCUUUAUUAAUCCUUGAAAACGUUUUUUAUUAUUGUUUUAUUCUUUUCUCUCGUAUGCCUGUCCACCUUGGGGUUGG